CUCCUCCUCCUCUCCUCUCUCCUCUCACAGACACAGAGCAGCAGCUACAGCAGCAGCAGCAGCAGCUACGUCACACAUCGGGAAUGCAGUGCGGAUCUGCUGCUCCUGCUACAGGCCUCAGGAUCCGUCACAAAAUGACACUGAAUGGGAGAGGAGAGCCACUGUGAAGGUACUUUAAAAGAAGCCUGCCAUGUCCGGACCCACCUGGCUUCCUCCGAGAACUCUGGAUAGCCCAGAGCGAGCCGUCCCACAGAUGUCCCACUCUGCCGGGUCAGCAAUUUACAGAGCGCCUAUGAAGAAAGGGAUGUCUGACUUCCGGCCAAAAUAUAACCCCUAUGACCAGAAUGGAGGGGGAGGAGGAGGAGGAGGCGGGAUGGCCAACAGAUACAUGGCUACCGGGCCCACAGGUGGACCCAUUCAUCAUUCGUCUAACGAUCACUACUAUGCCCCCGCCCAUGGUCCCAAAGAAGAAAGCAACUGGAGCCCUCACAUGGACAGCUAUGAGUUGAUGCACCGUGGUCCUGAAAAGCCGGUGAACUAUCACUCCAAAAUAGAUGCUGAUAUUGACUCCCUCACCAGCAUGCUAGCUGAUCUGGACAGCCACCCACAGGACUCCAGCACACAACUGUACGACAAUGUGCCUUACAACAAGUACCUCUCAGGGGAUCACUAUAAACCUGCACAUCAGAGCGCACCCCCUCCUCAGGCCCGGCCCUCCGUUGGCUACCCCCCUCAUCCCCAGAGCCAAUACCACCCAUCACCCCCUUACCCCAAUGAGCACCAACCCUCCCAGUACUCCAACUCUCACCAGCAGGACUUCUACUCCUCCUCUUCCUCAGCCCCUAAGCCGUACCCUCAGCCCGUCCCGGCCUCCUACACCACCGCUUCCACCCCUACCGGGCCUAGGUUCAGCGUCCAAGUCAAGACAGCGCAGCCCGUCACUUACUCUCAGACCGGGAGACAGGCCGAACAGGCCUACACCCCGCCCCCUCCUCGUCAGCAUGUGUCACGCCCCCCUGCCCAGACUCAGACAAGUCAGGGAUGGUACCCUCCUCAUGCUGGGUCACAGGCCCAGGAGAUGCACUCUGAUGGGGGGUACAAGGGGAGCAGCUCAGGAGGGAGAGUAAACCAAGUUCAAAUGUCCAAGAGAGGGAUGGAAAAUAACCAUGUAGGCCCGGGGGUUCCGCAGAAUCCAACUUAUCAGUCCAACAAGCAGGGGUUAACAUCAGCCAGGCCUGAGGAAGAGUUGGAACGGCUCACCAAGAAGCUGGUGUACGAUAUGAACCACCCCCCUGUGGAGGACUAUUUUGGCCGCUGUGCCCGCUGUGGUGACAACGUGGUCGGAGACGGCAGUGGCUGUAUCGCCAUGGAGCAGGUGUUUCAUGUGGAGUGUUUCACGUGCAUCACCUGCCACGCCCGUCUGCGAGGACAACCGUUUUACGCCCUCGAUAAGAAGAGUUACUGUGAGAGUUGUUAUAUCAGUACAUUAGAGCGAUGUUCAAAGUGCUCCAAGCCAAUCCUGGACCGAAUCCUGCGGGCUAUGGGUAAGGCGUACCAUCCUCGCUGUUUCACGUGUGUGGUCUGUAACUGCUGCCUGGACGGGGUGCCCUUCACUGUGGAUGCAACCUCCCAGAUACACUGCAUAGAUGACUUCCACAGGAAAUACGCACCCCGCUGUUCGGUAUGUGGGGAGCCCAUCAUGCCUGAACAGGGUCAGGAGGAGACAGUGAGGAUAGUGGCUCUGGACCGGAGCUUUCAUGUCAACUGUUACAUCUGUGAGGAAUGCGGUCUCCUGCUCUCCUCUGAAGGAGAAGGCCGAGGCUGUUACCCGCUCGACGGCCACAUCUUGUGUAAGAGCUGCAGCGCUCGUCGCAUCCAGGACCUCUCUGCCAAAAUCUCCACCGACUGCUAACAAACCUUUCUGCAUACAGUCCACCUCUUCAAACCCACAAACACUCCACAUGUUACUUAUUAUUUACAGAAACAGAAACCCCUACUGUGUCAGACCCUCAUUUCUUUUCUUGGUUACUCUGAUAAUGGUUGGAUGUAAACUUCCCCUAUAGCGCCCUCUUUUGGUGGCAAGCUGCCGUUUUCAAUCGCAGAAAAACAUUUAAAUUUAAAUGAGCAGUGAAGUUCUUAUGAAGCAGCUAUUUCCUUUCAUUCAGACGUCUUCCUUCCUUCCUUUUUUCUUUCUGCACACAGCAGCUCCAUUCUUCACGUUUAGUUCAGUAUUAGUUUGAAAGUAGCCUGACCUGCAGGCAGCUUGGGCUCCACUCACCAUUCAUCCACAUCGGUACUACUCAGUGAUUAGCUUGCACAUUUGUAUCACUGUAUGGAAGGAUAUCAUAGAUUUAAAACCUGAACAUGAGGGAUUUUUUUUUUUUUAGAGGCACAAAUGAUAGUUGGGAUGUGUGCUCGUAGAAACGAUCUGGAUCUGUAUAUUUGUAAAAGUGCAGAAAUGCCUCAACACGAGAAUAUUAAAAAAGCACAUAACAACUGUGAACUGUACAUAAGAGAUGGUUUAAAGUGUGGCGAUGAAAUUGUUCCCAACUGGAGAGCAUGUAGCGUUUAGUGCAGUGAAGUAGCCUCAUAGCUUGAGAAAUGUAGACUAAAGGAAUGUGUAGAAAACUAAAACUGUUGCUUUUUUUGUUAGCUUUAAUUUCAUGCUAGUACAAUACAUGCUGCAACAAAUCUCAAACAUCACAACGUUAUGUUAAUGAAAUGAAACUUGCACGUUUUUUUUUUAUCCUUAAUAAUAACUCUCUUUGGAAUACAAUCUUUGCUUUGUUUAACAUUUGUGUUUGGUUGAUACUUGACUGUUACAUUGAAGUCGAUGGUGCAAUGAAGUCAAUGCUUUCUUCUGUUUUAAGGAAAUCAGGGUGUUGGGUGAAAAAAAAACUUUGUGAAGCUUGAGCCUUGUGAAGAGUUUAUAAUGUGCCAUUUUAGGGAAAUAUCAUGAAAUAAUACUCAAUUCAAGCGAAUAUUGGCCACAAAGACGAACUUUACGGAUACUUUUUUACAUCAUCUGAUAUCAAAAUGGAAUUUAAUGUGAUGUUCUUCACUCCUGGAUUAGAUUUUUGCUCUUUCUUGCACACGUGGGCCAAGUUUGUCAACUUUGGAGCUACAGUAUUUGUAAUGAUUGUGGUUAACCGCUCGUUUCUCCGUCCGUUUUUUUUGUAUCAAUGUAACUUAAAGGGCUAGAAAAUUUAAAAAGCCUUACCUCAAGGAUGUCAUUCAGUUUCAUAAUAAUCCUUCUUUGAAACUGUCUUUCUGUGAACUCUGCUUUGUUUGUGUGUGACUGAACGUUAUCAUGCUUAAACCGUUUUCAUCUGUUAAUUUAUCUCAUUGUGUAUAUAUAUAUUCUGUGUUUGCAUUAAUCUGCUUUCUAUCACCACCGUUAUCAUUUCAUUAUCGCACAAUCUCUUAAGAUCCUCACCCACCAAGCCAACUCUUGUGUCAUACUCCUUUUGAAUAAUGUAAAAACCUCCUUCUGGUCAUGAUUUUUCGUUCCUUCAUAAUUAAUCAUUUGUCUUUCUUAGUGUGUGUUCAGUUUGAAAUGCGGUGGAUUGGAGAUGGUAGAGUAAACAUUGUGGUACUGCAGCAAGCCUGUACUGUGAUGAAUUCACAAGAAGAAAAAGGAGGAUGUUGAAGCAGGAAGGGUUAGAUUGAUAUAUGUAACGCAGGUUGUAGUAACAGAACUGAUUAUUAAAAUGUCAUCAAGUCAAAA